UCCUUUUCCCUUAAACUCAUUUGAAGCAAACCAAUUUUCGGCCCAAUCAACUCUCAAAUCUUGAGCCCAACCUGGCCCACCUCUCCACUCCACUGUUCUUCCUCCUCUUUCCAAACGCAGCAGCAACAACAACGGUUGGAUAUAUUACCAUUUCAGCUCCAGGAGCCUUCUACUCGAAGGAAUUUCGAAAUUUCCUUGUUCCCAUAUGGACUGGGAAUCAAAUUUUGGGCAUCUCAAAUCCCCUAAGAUUGGGAGUUCUUAGUUUUGGAGAGGAAAUUUUCCUCUUUUCGGCUAUCUCGAGUGUUCUUUGACUCAUCGGACCGUCGGAGUCAAAUUCGGGUGGUGGAAAAGCUUACUGACUUCUUCGUCUCAGCAAGUUUCCCUACAAAAGCUGAAGCAGGCAGGACAACCAGAAGCUGCUCAAGCAAGCAGCACGACCGGAAGUUUAUGAGUUAUUCUCUUAUAUAUAAUCAUUCUGUGUUUUUGCUCAGCGAUUUCAGUAACGGUAUGGAAUGUGUGGUUCAGGGAAUUAUUGAGACUCAACAUGUUGAGGCCCUGGAAAUUCUGCUUCAAGGGCUUUGUGGUGUACAUAAACAAAGCUUAAGGAUCCAUGAACUGUGCCUUAAAAGUGUUCCAAACCUAGGCCUAGUAGCAUCAGAAAUACGGCUCUUAUGUGAUCUUGAGCAGCCAGAACCCGCAUGGACUAUUAGACAUGUUGGUGGUCCGAUGAGAGGUGCCGGUGCUGAACAAAUCUCAGUCUUGGUGAGACCAAUGCAAGAAAGCAAAGUAAGCAAGACUGCGUUACGCAUAUUUUAUUCACUUGGGUACAAGCUUGACCAUGAGCAGCUGAGAGUCGGUUUUGCAUUUCAUUUCCAAAGAGGUGCCCAGAUAACUGUAACAGUUUCAUCCAUCAACAAGAUGUUGAAACUUCAUGCUAUCGAUGAUGCAGUGCCUGUGACUCCUGGCAUACAGCUAGUUGAAGUGACCGCACCAGCUUCAUCUGAAAAUUACAAUGAAGUUGUUGCGUCUGUAUCGUCCUUCUGUGAAUAUCUUGCACCGCUCCUCCAUUUAUCAAAACCUGGUGUUUCAACAGGGGUGGUUCCUACUGCAGCUGCAGCUGCUGCAUCUCUCAUGUCGGAUGGUGGAGGGACGAAGUGACAGAAAUGUAGUAUUACUCAGUGCCAUUUUUGUGUCUAACAUUUUUGUUGCAGUUAUCCUAGCUGAAGUAGGAGACGUAUUUCGCCGUGCUCCUUCCGAAAAACUUCAAUGUUUGUCCUUCUGUAAUUGACGUUAAGUAUCUGAUCAUCGAUACACAACAGUGCUUAUGCAUAGAAUAGAGUUAUAAUACCCGUUGGUAUUGAAAUUGCGAAAAACAAAGUUUAUUAUCUCAAUGACUGCUGAAGGGCUGGUCUAGUGCUGGAGGACUCUUGUUCUCUUUGAUCUAUAAUCGUUUUUCUCUUA